CUCCCCCGGACAUGCUCUCUCACUCACAUCCCUGCUUCUCCUUUUCGUCUCUGUCCCCCCACCCCCGCUCACUUUGCCUCCGCUCUCUCAGUCCUCUACCUUGAGUUCCCAGAGCCCUCUCUCCCCUAACACUACUCUCCAAUCCUCACCCCUGAUGCCCCCCUUCCCCUGGCGUUUGGCUCUGCCGCCCAGCUCCUUUCAGCCAGUCUCUUGCUCUCCUUGCCCCCAGAAUUACUUCCACCCACGCCCCGUGAGACUCCCCCAAACUUCUCCAAGAUGAUCCCCACACCCAGCUUUCCCUCCCACUAGUUUACCCACCCCGCGCCCUUUAAGGCUCGCAUACCGCCCUCACCCUGUUCCACCUCCUUCCAGUUCUACCCUACCCCGGCCCUCCCAUCUCCUGGAGGUCUCCCGGGCUGUCACCCCUACCCGCUCCUCAUUCCGCUUACCACCCCUCCCCUGGAUUGCCUUCCUCAUUUUCUCCCUGUCCCAGGCACUCCCCACGCCCCACCCCCGCCCUUCAUCUCCCGCGCCCCUUAUCCCCGAAGCUACCCGGUCUUUCCCCAUCCUCCCAUUCUCCUCUUGAGCAUCCCCCCCCCAUCAGCCUCUACCUCCUCCAGCCUCCCAGAUCACCCUUGCCCUCCAACGCUCCCAUCCCCGAGACCCCCUCGACUCCUCCCGCUCAUCUAUCCCUCAGGGCCCCCCCUUUACCCUGUGGCUCCCCCCCCCAUCCCUCCAUCGCACAUCCCUCCCCAGUCCUCCAGGAAUCCCCCUCCCUGCUCCCCCGCCCCGUCCCGCCCGCCUCACUCCUGCCCCAGUCCGGCCCGGCUCUCCGGCUGCGCGCUCCAGGCUGGGUGCGAGCCAUGGGCAGCGGUAGCAGCCGGAGCAGCCGGAUCCCGAGGCGGCGGCGCAGCCCUGACAGGCGCCAGGCGGACCCGGGAGAGGCAACCUCGGAGGGCGGCACAGCUGACCAGGCCCCGACGGCCGCAACGCAGGAGGAGACCGGCCCCAAUCCUCGCCCCACGACGCCCCCCGGCGGCCGGGAGGAGACCCUGCGCCUGUUGGACCAGUUGCUGGCCGAGUCCGAGACCUGGGGGACUCAGGAGCCGACCCCACGAGGCCCCGCCCGGCUUUCACCAGCGGUGUCCCCAGAAAAGAAGACGAAGGACGACCCUGAAGAGAGCUGUACCCCUGAAGCCCCAAGCAGCAGCCACAAGAGACCCGAGGGGCAGUCGGCCAUCUCCUACGAUUACUCUGAGGAGGAGCUGAUGGCAAGCAUCGAGCGGGAGUACUGCCGCUGAGCUGGCUGAGCAGUCUUGGUUACCACUGGCCAGGCUCCGCAGGCCUGUGAGCUGGGCUCCCGUUAGAGGGUACCACCUUGUUCCACCCGUGGCCUGUGAGCUGGGCUCCCGUUAGAGGGU